GAAAGCGAGGUUGACGUUUAAGAUGUUUGUGUUUGUGUGCUGUGCUCUGGCCUCUGUGCUUUGAAAUGACUUGUUAACGAUAACGCUAGAAAUGUUUAGACCAAAAGCUGCAUUGAUAGGAAUUGUAGUAAUUUGGGCUUUAAUAAUCACCAUAUAUUAUGUACGUAGAAAACCAUUAAGCACUUUGUCCCGCGAUUACGCGGAGGCGGGGCGACCGACUGUACUCACAACAACGGCAUCAGAAGCUGAUCAGGAAAAAUCGUCAAAGAAGAAGGUAGAACCCCACAAUUCUUCUAUUAAAACAAAAGAAGACGAAGAAAUAGCGAAAGAUGAACCGGAAAUUCAGGGUGAAAUAAAACAUGGUGAAAAAAUGUGCUUGGAUACACUUGAAAACAGAGAUCAAAAGGUGGGACUUUGGGAAUGCCAUGGUGAAGGACGAAAUCAGUAUUGGGUUAUAACAAAAGAUCAUAUGAUCAAGAACAAUGAAUUGUGUGUACAAGCACCUUCAGAAAAAGAAACAAACAGAGAUGCAAAGCUUGCAAGGUGUGAUGCAAAAAUAAAAGAACAGAAAUGGUCAUACAAAGAUAACAUGCUAAUUUCACAAGACACAAACAAUUGUCUCACUGCUGGUAACCCAAAGGCACUUACUGUUGUUGCAUGUGAUAAAAAAGAGUCAGUGAAUCAAAAGUUUACAGUAGAAAUUGUUCGUGAUCUUGGGGUGUGAAAUUUGAAGGUCUUGGGGCAUAAAAAUACAUGACAACUUGCCACAGUCAAGUAUUUAAUAGUAAAUUAAGAAUGCAAAUACAGACAGACUAAUAUAUGGUAAAAGCUCUAUUAAGCCCCUGGGGAGAGGAGGCUUAUUAAAAACUUGAAGUAAAAAUGUUUUAACAAUGCCCUUGUCUAUUUUUUGUUAUAAAAAUUUCAUUCAAAUGUUCUCAGAAAACUUCACUAGCAACUUCGAAAGGCUAAUUCAUCAAUUAUAAGGUCCUUAUCUUCGUCAAAAUCACCAGGAUCAGUGGAUAACCCUGGGACAUCUUCUAAACAAAUUUUGACUGACUGCUUAGUUGCACAAGUAAGUCUUUACAUGGGCCGUAUUUAAUGCACAUGAUCAUCAAGAGACCCACUAAAUGCGCAUGUUUACCUUGUUUGACAACAAAGGUUAAAGAGGGAGGUCUUAAUAGAGAGUGGGGGCUUAUUUUAAGUUUUUGCUUGAUAAGGAGGGGCUUAAUAGGGAAAGGGGCUUAAUAGAGAGAAGGCGCUUAAUAGAGCUUUUACCGUAUUUAAACUUCUAUGGUAACUUUUUUCCUUGCUCUAUUCAAUUGCUCUUUUCCUUUAUUUGUAAUGCAAGAUUAUGGACUUUUUAGCAAGGUUUCUUUUUUUAAAAAUUUGCAUAUACCCAUCCCUGUAUCAUGUGUUUUCUUGAAAACAGUUACAAAAAUGGCCAAGAUUGGCUGGAGAUUUGCUAAGGGCUGCAAUGAGCUUUGGCCCUAGUUUUGGCUUGAGAAAGAAAAGAGAAUGGCAAUGGGGCAGGAAAUGGAGCCGGGAAUGGAGCCGGGAAUGGGGAUAGAAAUGAAUUUGCUUUUCACACCAUGCCGACCUUUCUGUUUGUACAACCUAGUGAGAAAUAUAGUUAACAAACUUUUGAUUUCAUAUAAAAAAGUUUUUUUGGAAAAAAUAUUUUCCGUAUGGUCUCGUCUUAGUUAUUAAUAAUUUUAUCUUAAGUUAUUUGACCAAAGUUGUUUAAAUUAAUCAGUUGUACUUUUUUUUAAAAUCAAAGUGCUUUACAGUUUGUUAUCUUUGCUAUCAAUGUUGCAUAUGUAUUGUUAUCAAUAGCAAUG